AUGGGCAACACGGUGGUCCUCUGUACCGUGACGGGACCAAGAGAAGGACGAGGCCAACGUGACAAUAACAAUGCCCUCGUCGAGACCGAUUUGAAUGUCGCCCCCUUUGCGUCGAUGGACCGGCGCCGGCGAACCCGUACCGACAAGCAAAUCCAAGAACUCCAAUCCACAAUUUCCUCGUCAUUCCAAUCCCAUUUGUUCACGCAUUUGUAUCCGCGCUCCCUCAUCACCAUCUCCUUGCACGUCUUGAGCCUUGAUGGAGGGCUGCUGGCCGCAUGCUUGAAUGCUGCAAGCCUAGCGUUGGUCGACGCUGGUGUGCCCAUGCCGAGCAUCCUCACCGCCGUGAGCUGCGGGCUCAUCGUCUCGACCGACGAUUCCAAGGCAAGAGCGGAGCCGUUAUUGGAUUUGAACAAUGCAGAAGAGCAAGAGCUGGCAUUUCUUACAAUGGCUACAGUCUCCAAUGGCGAGAAGCAGGAAGAUCAGGUGUCGGUGUUGAUGAUGGAAUCGCGAGUCGAGAUUGCCGCUGGCAGUGGUAAGGUGGAGGCUAUGCUGGCAACCGGCGUGGAUGGCUGCAAGGAGGUGAGGAGGAAGAUGGAGGAUGUGGUCAGGAAGCAUGGCGCUAAGGUCAUGAUGAGUCGGAGGUGA